AAUAAAAUUUUAGAGCAUUGAAAAUUGUUGGAAAAUGGUUGGAAAAUUUUCAAUGCUCUAAAAUUUAAAAGUUAAUAUUUCCACCCACGAAGAGACAAGCAGCAAGCGGGUGAAUUAGUAACAAAUUAUAACUACGCUGUUAUUUGGGUUCAUCAAAUGAUCUCUGAAUCAUAGACUUUGGUGCAAUGUGUACACAUGGGAUCAACUGUGGAAACAUAAUCCUUAUGCCCAGUGUACAUAUGAACUCAUUUCUGGAAUCAUAACUUCGAUGUAUUUUACGAGUAGUGAAAAGUAAACUGAUCAACAUGACACGAGCGUGGGACAAAGAAAAAAUCUGAAGAUGCUGGGCCGCAAUACAAAAUACACAUUUAAUUGCAAGUUUAUAGACGACAAUGGCUCAGUUAAAAAGCAAGAUAGACUACGAGUACUCCCUUUUUCGCUUAGUUCGUCGUGCGUGACGCGAAAGAAAACCGCGAGAAAAAAAUAGCCGCGCGAAAUCCUCGGGGCGAGGAGCGCGCGAAAGGAUUUCGCGCGGUCAUUUUGUUCUCGCGAUUUUCUUUCGCGUCACGCAAUUCGUAGUCUGAAAGAUUUGCAUAUCGUUCAAAACAAACAACGCGACGCAAGAAGGUCGCUUAUGUCACAGAAUCGUACUGUUUCCAGUAAUUUGACGGCAUUGUUCAGCAGAUGUCAAGAUAUUUGUUGAUUCUUUCACUUUUGCCACCCAAAAAUUGACUAGGAAGACGCCAAAACAUUUCGCUGAUUCGUCAAGUUGCCAACACUUGAGCAAGUUAGCAUAUUUGUUUACAGUGUAUAUCUGGGAUUCCAGGACAUCCAAACACGCAGUUAGCAUUCUGUGGUUCGAUAAUUUCUAUCUUGCCGUAAACGUUACAUUGAUCGCGAACUAAAUAUCAAAUUCAGAGCAAACCGAUAAAAGUUUUUGUUAUCUAAAUCGGAUGACGAUUAAUAAUUAUAAACAACUUCUGGAAGAAGCCUGUCGGUAUUCAAAUACGUUUAUUGCAUCAUUGUAUGAAUCAUCAUACGCAAUUCAUUAGCUUGAAUUCCUAUCCUACCCCAAGAGACACUCGGGUAGACGUCGAUUUGGUGAAAUUAAAACUCCUUGUAUUUUGCUUGGAUGCUGAGUGAAAGAAGUUUUCGUGGAAAUUGUUUAAAGAAAUGAAAAAGGAAGCAAACUCCAUCUAGUAGUCAAAUCAAAAUUAUGCGUGACUCACUCCAGACUGGCGUGACAUCAAAAUGCCCGCAGUGCUGUCAACGAGCGUAGGUGCAAGCAUAAGCACAAGAAAACGCCAGUCUGCACUGAGGUGAAAUAAGCACAAGGAUUAGCACAAGAAUAAUACAUAUUUAACUUUUUCCUGUGUUUCCGUUAAUGCUUAUUUCACUAGUGCUAUGCUUAUUUCACAAGUGGGAACUGGCGUGAAAUAAGCACAGCGUAAGCGCAAUAAUUCAAAUUAUUAUACAUUGUGGUCACCAUCUUCGACACCUUCUUCGUCGAAGAACCAUAAACACAGUAAACAACGCUUCUUCGUCCGCAGUCUUGUUUGUCAACCUACGCAUUUUCGUUCCCCGAACCACUAUUUCUUUUGACAUAUUAAAACGAGUAUAAGUGAGGAUGAGAAUGCUUCCGAUGUGACUCGCAUUGCACAUGCGUAUGUCGCUAGUGUGAACAUCAUUGUGCUUAUGCUUGUGCUUAUCUCACAAAUGUGAAUUAGCCUUAAAGUAUCACAGUGGACAGUGGAAUGAUCGUGGGACAGCAAAUAAUCCCCAAAUUGGACCGCAAAUGAUCGCAGAACCGAAAGUGAUUCCUACAAUGAUAGGACUAAAGAGGACCAAACCCAUCACCCUCAACCAGAGGCACAACCCACAAGGAAGGAACAAAGCCGGAUUAUAUAUCCAGGGCGUUUUUUUUUUCUGGAACGUUACCAGGGCAUGUCCGUUAUAACUUUCAUCCGGAAGGCAAAGAAAAGCAAAACGGAAACCAGCAACAACAACACAGGUUGAGCUUUUAUCAGGUAAAGAGGAAGCGUGUUUCAGACGAUUGUUCAGUCGGGUCAACGCCCUAAAUCACUCGCCUCUUUUUCCAGUCACACGCUAAGUCCGUUUGCGCUCAGUACCCAAGUAAUAGGCUAAUACAAGGAGGGUUUAUAAAUACAUUGACUUUUUAGGAACGCGAGUGAAGAGUAAGCUGACAUAUGGAUGAGGUGGUGAUGAUACAUGGACGUCCAUGGCCGUGCGGUCUGGGCAUCACAGAAGAAAAGGUGGAAGCGUUAACGAGAUUGCCUGCCAGGAAGGAUGAUAUCUUCAUUGCGUCAUACCCCAGAUCAGGUUCAACAUGGACUCAGGAAAUAGUUUGGCAGAUAAUUCACGACGGUACAGUUUGCGAGGGUCGACUGGAUGAAAGAGUGCCUUAUAUCGAAGGAAUGAUUUUGCCUCACAGAUCCUAUCCUUAUACCGUGAACGACGUGGAGUCAAUAGAGGAGAUGUUUAGCAGCUUUCCUGCCCCACGUGUAUUUAAAACUCAUCUUCCGUAUCACAUGGUUCCUAAGGGCCACGAUGAAACUACCAAGCCUCGCUACAUUUAUGUCAUGCGCAAUCCUAAAGAUGCGUUUGUGUCCUACUAUCAUCAUCUUCGCAACAUGCCUUAUCAUAAGGAAAUUCCCACUUGGGACGAGGCCUUUGGAUGUUUCAUGAAAGGAAGAGCCAUAGGUGGUGUGUGGUUUGAUCACGUGCUAAGCUGGUGGAAACACAGAGACGAUCCUAACAUUUUGUUUCUUACGUACCGAGACAGAAUAAAGGAUCCAGCAGAUGCUGUGAAAAAGAUUGCCAAAUUCAUUGGUAAAGAAAUCUACUCAGAAAUGAUCUCAUUGUCCAACAAACUUCAUUUGGUGCCAUGAAGAGCUCUGAAUAUACGAACUUUAGUUAGUUUGAAGGAACGAAGGGGGAUGGCUACAUUUGCAAGGGAAAAGUAGGAGAGUGGAAAAAGUACUUCACUGAGGAACAGAACGAGUUAUUUGAUAAAGUAUUUAA